AGCUUGUGGAUUAUUUAGACGGUAAAAUUAUACUUUUCAAGUAAUUUAUAUUAUUUAUUAUGAGUCGUCAGUGCUUAUUACGGUGUUUAUUAGAUUCGCAUGCGCCAGUAAAAUUACCUCAUAAUGUAGAAGUCUUUAUUGGUCGCAGCAAAGUAACCAAAAUUAAAGAUCAGUCGUGCUCACGACAGCAAAUUAGCUUAAAAGCCGAUUGUGAAGAGUGCCAGGUUGAAAUUAAAGUAUUAGGCAUAAAUCCUUCUGGGUUGGACGGAUUUGCUUUAAAAAGAAAUGGAGUGUAUAAAGUGAAACAUGGCAGCCGAAUUGAAAUUCUUUUGAACAACUACAUUCACGUUAUUGAGUUUGACCCACCUCCUGACAAAGAGUUAUCAAAAAAUAACAAUAAGAGAAAGUUAGAGGAGGAAAAGCAUGAAACAUCACCAAGGAAAAAGUCAAAAACUCAGUCUGAACUUGAACAGUCCAUAAAUAUAAAGGAAGCUAUGAAUAAUGUAUGGGAAGAUGUGGACAAAAGAGAAGUUUAUAUAUUCACUGCUAAAGGUGUCAAGUCUAGUGAAAAAAUUGCUGCUUUUGAUAUGGAUGGUACACUGAUUAAGACUAAGUCUGGCAAAGUGCAUCCAGUUGAUACAAACGACUGGCAAAUAGCUUUUCCUCAAGCUUCACAGAAGUUAAUUGAAAAAUUCAAUGAUGGUUACAAAAUUGUAAUAUUAAGCAAUCAAUCCCCAAUUGGAAAUGGAAGGGUUAAAAUUGAAGACUUCAAGAAAAAAAUUGAGGGUAUUGUAGCUAAAUUAAAUGUUCCAAUACAAGUUUAUCUGGCAACUGGGAAAGGCUUUUACAGGAAGCCUGCUCCUGGUAUGUGGAAAGUACUCGCAGAACAGAAAAAUGAUAAUCUACCUAUAAAUAUGGAUGCCAGUUUUUAUUGUGGAGAUGCUGCAGGAAGAACAGCUAAUUGGGCUCCCGGGAGGAAGAAAGAUCAUUCUAUGGCCGACAUUUUACUAGCAGAGAAUCUUGGACUUAAGUUUUAUACUCCAGAACAGUUUUUCCUUGGACAUUCUAUAGCUAACGUACCAAUGAGCAAGCCUGAGUUUAAUCCCAAAGAACUAAAGUCAGAGCCGUUUAAUGAAGCUUUAAUCAGUAAAGAAAAAGAGUUGCUUGUUUUAGUCGGUUUUCCUGGUAGUGGCAAAUCUUUUUUGGCUAAAGAAAUAGUGAAAAGAUCUGGGAACAAAUACAAUAUUGUUUGCAGAGAUGAAAUGGGUACUUGGCAAAAAUGUGCAUCUGAAGCGUCUAAAUUAUUGCAGCAAGGUAAAAGUGUGGUAGUGGAUAGUACCAACCCCGACAAAGAGUCUCGGGCGCGUUGGACGUCGCUCGCUAAGAACAUGAACGUGCAAUGCCGUUGCGCCAGGAUGAUGACCACUAAGGCUCAUGCAUUACAUAAUAAUAAAUUCCGUGAGAUUAUGAAAAUGAAGCACAUACUAGUUAAUGAUAUCAUAUUUAAUACUUACAAAAGUAAAUUUGUUGAACCAACUGUUAGUGAAGGUUUUCAAGAAAUUAUUCAAGUAAAAUUUAAUCCAUCUUUUGACGACAAGGAAGCUGAAAAUAUGUAUAGAAUGUACUUGUUAGAGAAAUGAAGAUUUAACAUUUAAGAAAAAAUUUGAACUCAAAUAAAACUUGUGAUAUUUA